UAAUAUCCGCACAGCCCUAUAUAAACGGGAAAUACUGACGAGUAUGGAGAUUCCCCGAGAUUCUCGGAUAUUUCUACGGGCUAUAUUUUUCACGAAGUUUUAUGCAUUUGCUCGUGUAUUUGGUAUUGUAAAGCAUUAUUUGUGAGUUAAAAAUAAUUAAAAAAUAUGAGUGACAGUGAUUCUAGUAGUUCUAGUAGUAGUACAUCCAAGAGUAUAUCUCUUCCAGGACCUAGCAAGAAAAGAAAGGUUUAUAAGCAAAAUUUUAAAAAGGAAUGGAAAAAUAUACCGGGUUUGCAAUGGAUCGAGAACAGCAGAAAGGGGACAGGCUUUGCCUGGUGCGAUUACUGUAAAUGUGAUGUUAAGGUAUCUGCAGGGAAAACCCAACUAGUAAAACAUUCUGAGACUGAAAAGCAUGUUAAAGCUUUGCAGAGAGCAUCAAUGGGCAAGCAAAGUCAAGUAAAAAUAAGUCAAAUGUUUGCAGAAAGUUCUAAAAAAAUAAGCAUUGAAGAAAAAGCGAAAGAAGGAAUUAUAAGAACUGCGGGGUUUCUAGCCGAACAUAAUCUCCCUAUGAAUUUGAUGGAGCAUUUCAUCGAUUAUCUCAAUGCUGUAGGCACUGAUUCAGAUAUUGUCAAACAAAUGAAAUGUAAACGAACAAAGAUGUCAAGAGUUUUACAAAAAGUUACAGGCUUGUCUCAAGAAUCUUGGCUACUUGGCCUAAUGAGGGAUAAUAAAUUUAGCAUUAUCAUAGAUGAGUCUACUGAUAACUCGUGCACCAAACAUUUAUGUUUAGUUGUAAGAAUGUGCAUUAAUUUUGACAUUAAAGACAACUUUUUGGCGUUAAUCCCAGUAGUAGAGACCACAGGGGCUGCACUUUAUGAAAUUUUAAUCAACUUCCUUACCGAAAAUGGUGUUCCAUAUAAGUCAAACUUUAUUGGCUUUGCUUCAGAUGGAGCGAGCAACAUGGUUGGCGUUAAUAAUUCUGUGGUCAGUCGAUUGCGAGAAAAUAUUCCAGGUAUAUUCAUAAUGAAAUGCAUAUGCCAUAGCUUUCAUUUGUGUGCAUCAUAUGCAUGCCACAAGUUGCCUGAGGAAGUGGAACAAUUUGCGAGAGAAGUAUAUAACUAUUUUUCAAAUAGUCCGAAGAGAGUGGAAGAAUAUAAGGAAUUCCAGGAAUUUGCAAAUGUCUCAAUAUCGAAGAUUUUACAUCCUAGCCAGACACGUUGGUUAUCUCUGGAAUGCGUGGUUAAAAGGCUUCUUAAUCAAUAUAAAGCUUUGAGGUUGUAUUUCGUAGAUCAGGCGUCUCUUAAAAUCAGUCAAGCAAAUAUUAUUUUAGAAAAACUAAACACGCCCGAAAAUAAAUUAUACUUAUCAUUUUUAUCGCAUGUACUACCUAUUUUUAAUAGCUUAAACAAAUUAAUGCAAAGCGAAUCGCCCAAAAUUCACGUUAUUUAUAAAGAGGUUGCUAGAACAGUUAAAACAAUUUUAGAUUAUUAUAUUAAGGACGAAUAUCUAAAUGCCAACAUUGAAAAUAUAGAUUUUAAAGACCCUAGACUUUUUUUAAAUUUAAAUGACAUGUACUUUUCUGCCCACAUAAACUCUGCCGAUCUGGAGAAAAACCGACUCGACAUGGUAAAAUUAAGAUGUCUAGACUUUUAUAUUGAGAGUGUGGAGCAAAUAUUGUCAAGAUUUCCACUUAAAAACUCUGUGUUUCAGAAAUUAGAAUUUCUAGAUCCUGAGGUAGUUAAAUCAAGAAAAAUCAGGUCUAUAAGUAAUGUUUCUAUGUUGUUUCAAAAUUUAAUUCCUGCUGAUAUGCAAGUUAUUGACAAUGAAUGGUUGUUACUUAGAAAUUAUGAAAUUAAUUUUACCUGGAAAGGUAUUUGCGAUUUUUGGGGUAAAAUUGCUAAGAUUAAAUGUGUGGAAAAUACAGAAUCCCGGUUUCCCAAUUUAAGUAAUUUUGUGUUUAAUUUAUUAACUUUGCCGCAUUCCAGUGCUAACGUAGAGAGGGUGUUUAGUCAGAUAAAUUUAAACAAAACAAAACAAAACAGAGAAAUCGGUUGA